AUGACUCCAUAUAACGAGGAGUUACUUUCAGGGAGUUUUGAAUCUAUGAGUAUAGGAACUCAAUUUAGUGACUUCUCAAAUGAGGCUAACGUUUACCCUCCUUAUGUGAUGGGUUAUGGUCAACCUUCAAGUUCAACUGAUGAAGAGUAUGAUAUCAAGGAUUCAAGAGAGAUGAGUAGUGGUGGAGGAAAGGUGGUGUGUGUGACUGGAGCUUCUGGGUUAAUAGCUUCAUGGCUGGUGAAGCUCCUGCUCCAAAAUGAUUACACUGUCAAAGCAACAGUUCGUGACCCAAAUGAUCCAAAGAGGACACAACACUUGCUUUCACUCGAUGGAGCUAAGGAAAGGCUUCAUUUAUUCAAAGCAGACUUAUUGGAAGAAGGGUCUUUUAAUUCUGUGGUUGAUGGAUGUGAUGGUGUUUUUCAUACUGCAUCCCCAGUUGCAAUGGACGUUAUUAACCCCCAGGCAGAAUUGAUUGACCCUGCAUUGAAGGGAAUCAUCAAUGUCCUAAGGUCCUGUGCUAAAGUUCCAUCUGUCAAAAGAGUGGUUGUAACAUCAUCUAUGACUUCAGUUGUAUUCACUGGAAAACCUCUCACUUCUGAGGUGCUAAUUAAUGAGAGUUGGUUUUCAGAUCCUGUUUUAUGCAAUGAAUCAAAGCUAUGGUAUGUGCUUUCAAAGACCUUAGCUGAGGAGGCUGCUUGGAAGUUUUCAAAAGAGAAUGGGAUUGAUAUGGUCACGAUAAAUCCAGGAGGGGUGAUCGGUCCUCUCUUACAGCCCACUCUUAAUCUAAGUGCAGAGUUAUUUCUGAACCUCAUAAACGGAGCUCAAACAUUUCCCAAUAGAUCAUACCGGUUGGUUGAUGUUAGAGAUGUUGCCAAUGCACACAUUCAAGCAUAUGAGAUCCCAGAAGCUAGUGGAAGAUACUGCUUGGUAGAGAGGGAUUUACACUGUUCAGAGACACUGAAGAUUUUGCGGAAGCUCUACCCUGAUUUACCCCUACCAGAAAAAUGCGCUGAUGACAAACCUUAUGCACCAUCCUUCCUCGUAUCCCAGGAGAAAGCAAAUAGCUUAGGAGCUCACUUCACUCCUCUGGAGGUGAGCCUGAAGGAUACAAUUGUGGAAAGCUUGAAGGAGAACAACUUCAUCAGUUUCUGA